AAACAUAUAACUAAUAUUAAUAUUAUUUAAAAAAAAAAAAAAAUAUGCUUAACUGUUAAUAGUAUGCAAUCCAAUUUUACCCCUGAGAAUAAUUACCCGAUUUAAAUUGUAUUCUUUGUUACAAUAUGUCGAGUCAAGAGAAUUCGAGUGAUGACAAUGUUAACAUUAAUAAUCAAGAGACAAACCAAGAAAAUUUAUUUCAAAAUAUAGGGCAAAUAGUUGAUAAUGAUGACGUUAAACCAACCGAAAUUGAAAGUUAUUGUGUUAAUUGUGGUGAAAAUGGAAUUACAAAAUUGUUAUUAACAAAAAUCCCACAUUGGAGAGAUAUUGUUAUUAUGAGCUUUGAUUGUAAGCAUUGUGGGUUUAAUAAUAAUGAAGUUCAAUUCGCUGGCGUAAUAUCAGAAAAGGGAAGUGUAUACACAUGUACGAUUGAUGAUAAACAAGAUUUAGAUCGUCAAUUAGUAAAAUCCGAAACUGCUUCAAUAAAAAUCAAAGAAAUUGAUUUGGAAAUUCCUGCUACAACAAAAAGAGGUCAUCUUACGACUGUAGAAGGAAUAAUUUCAAGUAUAGUUGAAGAUUUAUCAGCGGAUCAACCUGUUAGAAAAGAAAUGGAUGAAAUAAAUUAUGAAAAAAUUGAAGUUAUAAUACAAAAGUUGAAAAGUUAUUUGGAGAACAAAGAACCCUUUACUAUUAUAGUUGAUGAUCCUGCUGGCAAUAGUUAUAUUGAAAGUUUGUGUGUCACAACUUCAGAUCCGAAACUUCACGUUAGACAUUACUUUAGAACACGUGAUAUGGAUAUUUCGUUAGGUUUAACCGUUCCUGAUGACCAACAAGACAGUACACAAACUACUGAUGAUGGUGACAAUGAUGUUCCAGAAGUCAUGAUAUUUCCGGAAAAUUGUUCUCAUUGUAACGCACCAAGUGAAACUAAAAUGCAUGUAUUAAACAUUCCUCAUUUCAAAGAAGUUAUUAUAAUGGCAACAACUUGUGAUGUUUGCGGGUAUAAAUCUAAUGAGGUUAAAUCAGGCGGAUGUAUAUCCCCGCUUGGCAAGAAAAUUACAUUAAAAAUUGAAGAUUUGGAUGAUAUGUCAAGAGAUAUCUUAAAAAGUGAAACAUGUGGUCUAAGUAUACCUGAAGCAGAAUUAGAGUUAACAUCUGGUACACUUGGAGGUCGUUUUACGACCGUUGAAGGCUUAUUAAAACAAAUUCAUGAUGAAUUAGAAGAAAAAGUUCCUUUCAUUAAUGGAGAUAGUGUGAAUAAUGAGAGAAAAGUUGUUUUUCAAAAAUUUAUGGAUAAAUUAAAUAGUGUUAUUAGUGGUGAGGUAUUACCCGUUACUUUAAUACUUGAUGAUCCUCUUGAUAAUAGUUAUUUACAGAAUCCUUAUGCUCCAGAUCCUGACCCUAAUAUGACCAUUGAACAUUAUGAAAGAACCUGGGAACAAAACGAAUUUCUCGGGUUAAAUGAUAUAGUUUUAGACAAUUAUAAUGAGUCAAAUAACGAGAAUAAUGAAAAUGAUGAAUCAAAUAGCAACUCGCCAAAUGAUGUGUUGUAAAUUAAUUAUAUCAUUAGUUUUACACGGGCUUAGUAAUAAAGAAAUUUUGAAGUCUAUAAUGACUAUUUUUGUUAC